CGAACCUGUCCGCCGCGCGGCCGUCGUCGCUUGCCGUGAUUCCGGCUGUCUCUUCCUCGGGCUGGACUCCGUUUCCUGGCCGCCCUCAUCGCUCGCCUCAUCGCUCGCCUCAUCCAACCCGCCCCUCCCCGGGCAUCUCUCGGUCCAAGUCUUGUUGGCCAAACAUCGACUGCUUGAUCUAUCUGCGUCCCUGCCUCUUCGUGCUCGACUCCCACCCAGUUUGCCCUCUGCCCAGCUACCCAGACCCUCCACGAUGAUCCAUGACACCGGCCCGCAUCCCUCGUCGUCGCAGCUCACCUUCCCCGAGGUCCUGCGGUUCCUCCAGUCCCAGCACCGAAAUUACGAGCUGGAUCGCUCUCAGUGGGCACUCGACCGAGCCGCUCUCGAGAACGAACUCGCCCUGCUACGGGGCCAAGUCACUUCUCUGAAGCAGACCAAACUCGAUCUGAUCAACUCCGUCAAGAUGCUGGAGCAGGCUGUGCGGAUGGAAAGGGCAAAGCUACAAUCUCUUGCUUCCGCCUCUGCUGAUCCCCAGCUCGAUUCAUCCAAAGUCUCCGCUGCAUCGAGCGAGCAGGUGCCCAGCGAUGAUGCUCCGGCUGUCCUGACUGCAGAUGCGAAAAUCACUGCUGCCGAUGAGGUGCCCAACGUCAUUUCCAACGCUUCCAAGACCGAGCGCAGCGACACUCAGCAGUCUGCUUCCCAGAUAAAGUCGAUCGAACCAGUCCUGGAGAGCCGCUUGAGGAUGGGCGAGAUUCUCAAGAGCUAUCUCCGUGAGUCCCAGCUGCUCGCCCACCAGACCGCAGCGAGCCCCUAUCCGCCUUUCGCAAGUCCUGCAGCGAGCAAACCCAGCGCCUCUUCCUUUGGUGCCAUCUCUGGUCUCGGCAACGGCGAAAACGGCUUUCAGAUCAUCAACCGCAGAAUCGGGGGCCCUCAGAUCCUCGCAGAUCUCCCAAAGUCUGGAUCACCGGCUCCUUCGCGCUCGCCCCGCACGAGCCAAACCCAGCCACCCCGCAAAGAGUCCUCGGCCCUCACAAAAGAAGAGUUCUUUGCCGAAGUUGCGGAUGCCUCUCAAGCCUCUUCAUCCAAAACUCGAGGCGCUCCCCAAGGCGUGAUGCCUGGUGAUAUGGAGUCAUCUCCGAGACGCAUCGCCUGGGGGGUCUCACCGACUGUUACGAUGAUCAAGAAGCGAGACACCGAACAGCAAGCGGGCAAGCCAAGUGGCCCUAUGAAAGAGCGUAAGAAGUUGGAGACCUGCUUCAAUGAGUCUGAAAUUCUGGCAAAGUCGCCUUCACCUGUCUGGAAGCAAGAACAUGCGCUCAGAAGCCACCUGGACUCGGUUCGGUGCAUUGAUUUCCAUCCGAUGGAGGGAUUUAUCUUUACCGGAUCGGAGGACAACACCGUCAAGAUAUGGAAUCUAAGCGACAUCAUUGGCAAGAGGCCCGAAAACAGGAUGAACCCCGAUGUCGAGCCAGUCUACACCAUCCGCGGACAUACCUUGCCGGUGACUAGCAUCGUCGUUUCUGGAUCCGGCACCGCUUUGUUUACCGCCAGCGUCGACUCGUCUAUCCGCGAGUGGGGCAUUCCGUCCAUCGACACCCGUCCCUAUGGCAAGCACGAUCCGAAGUUGUACCGACACAAGUAUGUGGGACAUUCUGAUAUUGUAUGGGAAAUCAAGCUGCAUCCGCUUCACCAAGAAUCCACGCCCCUGUUGGCAUCGGCAUCGAGCGACGGCACCGUCAAGCUAUGGGAUACGCGCCCUGAGAGCCGGGGACUCAAGACGACGCUGUGGUAUCGCGGUCCCACCAAGGAUGGCGAUGGUGUUGUCCCGGACGUGUCCAACACUACGAGCGAGGACAGUAAUGGCAAUGAGAACAGCGACAAUGGCCACGACAGCGAAAACGGCGAUGGCGAUGGCAACGAUGGCAGCGAUGAUGACUUUACUCGAGGCAGCGAUGAAUAUGACGAGACAGCACACAUUCCUACCAGUAUCGACUGGGUGCCGGACCAGCCCAACCAAAUUGCCGUUGGAUACAUCAACUCCAGUGUCAAGAUCUUUGACAUCGAGACUGGAGCUACUGUUUUGCACAUCCGGAGCAAUACCAAGUCAGGCGAAGGCUACGCCGCGACGCAGAUCAAUCGCAUCCUGUGCCAUCCCAGCCAGCCUCUUCUGAUCACGGCGAGCGAGGAUCGCCAUCUCCGAUUCUACGACAUCAAAAACGGCAAAUGUCUCAAGACCCUGCUGGCACAUGAAUCUGGCAUUGCCUCGAUCGACAUUUCGCCGAGCGGCAGCGUGCUUGUCUCUGGAGGACACGAUGGCUCGGUUCGGUGGUGGGAUCUUGCCAGCUACACAUGCAACCAGGAAUACGCUGCCCAUGUCAAGAAGAACGACGAGAGCGUGUGGGCUGUCAAGUACCACCCGUCCAAGCUGACGCUGAUGGCCUCGGCCGGUGCCGACAGCGUCGUCAAGCUGUAUCAGUUUGGACAAAAGUAGUGGCCGUAUCCUUCCCGGAUCAGGUCCUGCUCUCGAUGCCGCCAACUUGCGUCUGCUCCUCGGCUCUGGUGAUGCCCAGUCCCGCCCCAUGGCCGACGGAUCGGCUGGUCUGGACCCGAAGCUCUCGGCUGACGACGGCCGGCCUUUCCCACCCGUUUCCUGGGAUAUCGGCUUCUGGCUCCCGCAGCGCCUGUUCCAUCCUCUCAUGCUCUCAUUUUCAGCUCAUGCUCUGUUCUCACCCAUCUUUCGAACCCUCUGUCUUUAUCAUUUCUCCCUGCCGCUUUCGGUCUGUGUCGGCCUUGGAGUCGGCGCCUCCUUCCACCCAUCUCCCUCUGUCGCUGUUGGGGCGAACGAAACGACUUUGUGCUUGGCAGGAUGCUGCCUGUCGAUUCCUUGAGAGCAACGAAGCCCUGCUAUUCCUCCCUCGUGCUUGACAAAAAUAUAUGUGCAGAGUUCUAGAU